AAUUAGCGAGCGGAUAUGUCUAUGCAAAUUUUUCGUCCAAACACUACCUUUUUGGGGGAACCUGGUCUCUGUUGCUUUACGACAAGCAGGUCGUGAAAUGACGAAGUGUUGCCUGAAUAUUGGCGGAAGUUAGCCUUGUGCUUUGCGGCAGCGAGGCGAGCUGGGUCCGGAUCCUAACAGCAGAUCCCCACCAGCCUCCCAUCUUGGCUUCCUGGACGAGACCCGCUCAUCACUGCCGCAGUCUGAGGAAUGGAGCAGGACAGCUCUCGGGAAUCCCCAUCGCAGGAAGGAUCUUCCUUGCCGGGAGAGCGGCCUUCCUCCGCCCUCGGACAGUCUCUCUCCCAGGUUUUGCACCGUCUUACCAGCCAGGAGUCCCGACGGGGCAAGGCCAGAAGUGCAGUAAUUCAGGACCUCGGUGCUCUAAUAGAAGCCACAGAAUGUGAUCAAUUAUUUGAGGAUAGUGGCACGUCGCCCCGCGGAAUGCCAGAGAUGCUGGGGCAGGUGGCAAAAGCCCUAGAGAAGUAUGCAGCCCCACCCAAGGAGCAGCAAGGUAGAGGUCAUGGCCACUCUGAAGUGGCCGAGAAAGCGGCAGCAGUUGGGGUACUGUUUCUUAAACUGUUGGGGAAAGUUGAGGCGGCCCAGAAUUCCAUGCUUUGUCCUACAUGGAAGAUGGGCCUCCGUCACUUGGCAGGACCCAUCUAUAUUUUCGCGGUCACACACAGCUUAGAGCAACCAUGGACCAGCCCGAGAUCCCAUGACGUUGCUGGAGAGGUGCUCUCCUUACUCCUCCGAGUUACUCAGUGUGGUUCUGUGGCAGGAUUUCUGCACGGAGAAAAUGAAGAUGAGAAAGGGAGAUUUACUGUAAUAAUGGAGCUUCUCAAACCUGAUUUGAAUAAGGAAUCCUGGAAGAAAAACCCUGCCACCAAACAUGUUUUCUCAUGGACUCUGCAACAGGUCACCCGACCCUGGCUGAAUGAACAUCUGGAAAGGAUACUCCCCCCAUCACUGCUCAUCUCGGAUGACUAUCAAACCGAGAACAAGAUACUGGGUGUGCACUGCCUCCAUCACGUUGUGCUAAAUGUGCCGGCUGCUGAUUUGCUCCAGUAUAACAGAGCCCAGGUCCUCUACCAUGCCCUUUUCAACCACCUGUACACACCAGAGUACAACCUCAUUCAGGCUGUGCUCCUGUGUCUGCUAGAUUUAUUCCCCGUCCUAGAGAAAGGCCUGCACUGGAAGGGAGGUGCCGCUCGACCCACCACGCACUGUGAUGAGGUACUGCAGUUGAUCCUGACGCACAUGGAGCCGGAGCACCGCCUUCUCUUACGCAGGACCUACGCGAGAAACCUCCCAGCGUUUGUGAAGAGGUUGGGGAUUCUAACUGUCCGGCACUUAAAGAGGCUGGAGCGAGUCAUCAUUGGUUAUCUGGAGGUUUAUGAUGGACCAGAGGAGGAGGCUAGAUUGAAGAUACUGGAAACUCUGAAACUGCUCAUGCAGUAUGCAUGGCCCAGAGUUUCCUGUAGACUUGUGGUCUUACUGAAGGCUCUCCUGAAACUGAUAUGCGAUGUAGCAAAGGAUCCAAACCUUACACCUGAGCCUGUUAAGAACACCUUAUUAGAGGAAGCCACAGAUUGCCUGAUUCUCCUGGACCACUGUUCUCAAGGACAGGUGAAGGGUCUCCUGGUCAAAAUUCUCCAAAGCUGUGAAGACAGCAAGGUGGUGAACUGUAUCAGAAAAGUGCAGCAGGUGUCUGAAGACGCGUCCUGCGACGGAACUUAAAUUUGUCUUUCCUAAAGCAGGAAGGCUUUUCUUCUUGUUCCAACUGUGUAAAUGGAAUUGUUUAAGAAAAAAGGCGUUCUGAGACUUCUGAGGGCAUUCACUAUGCCAAGAUUAAUGCUUCAGUUUUAACAAAGAAGAAUUUUCUGUAGAAGACUGCCAUCUUUAGCUUUCUCUGCAGGUCACAAAGAAGAAGUAUUAGGAUCUAUCACUCCUUAGGAAGAUAUUCUGUGGAUUUCAUAUCACUUUUAAAAAUUAGUUUUCAGUGAACUCAGAAUAAAGUUCUUACAUUCUUAUUUAUUUAAAAAA